AUGGCUGCCAAUCCUUCUAGCGACGACCUUCUGGGCGAUCAUACACCAUCGGAGCUGAUGGAGAAUAUGAUGUUUUUGGCUCGCGAGUUGCAACUGAUCGGUCCAGAGCCGCUACCCGCGGUGAACGAGGCGCAGUUGAGAAGGCUGGAACAACUUGAUUCGUCUUGCCCAAUAUGUCUUAUACCUUUCUCUGCGGUGAUUGCAGAGGAAGAGACAGCCUCGGCCAUGGAAUCACCUGCGUACGCUGAUCAGGACAUGGGUGUGACACGGCUGAAGAAUGUUGUGGAGGGUGAGGCAGGACAUCUCGAGGUGGAUUGCGACUGGACAUACGUCCUGUCCUACCUGUCGCACCCCGUUCCUCAGGCCUGCGGAACCGCAGCGGAGGAAUUCAUCGAGGGGAACGGAACCGAGACCGAAUGUCGCCAUAAACAGUGCCCUUCCUGA